UUCAGCAAGAAGAACCUUUCAAUCUCUGACUUCUUCGGAGACAGGUGUGUAACGACGACGUUCUCUAGAAGCAUCUUCGAAUACUUUCGUCUACACAGGUUUAUAUUUGCUAACAAACACAACUCUACAACAAUUAAUUUCUUGAUAAUGUCAGAAGGAAAGCCGUGGAUUGAUCCAUGUGGAUUCAACAUAGAUGAAAUAUCUCGUAAGAAGAUAAAGAUAUCAUUAAAAAAUCAUAUUCCAAAAAUCGAAGAAGGUAUUAAGAAUAUUAUAAAAAGGCUUACAGAUUUGAAGAAAUUCAUGAUCUCAACAUUUAAUGUGAAUGAAGAAACACUUAUUUCUCAACAAUACAAAUUUCUGAAUCCUCCCCAAAAUAUAAGAAAUAUCUACAUUCGUGCUUAUCAUAUUUUGCAAGUAAAUGUGAUGGCAUUAGUACAGAUGUUAAAAGAGUAUGAUAACGAAGAUGAUUACUCUACAAAAUUAGAGAAUAUCAAAAACCAUUUGCGAGUCCUUAUUUGCGAAUUACAACCUGUUCUUUUAUCAGAAGGACUAAAAGUUGAAGAUGUAACAGAAGAAUUAAUGUCUGAAGCAUUUAAAAAUUCACGCGGUUUUUUGAUGAUUGUUAAACAUUUUGUAGCCAUUAGACAGAUUGAUAACAAUAUGAAGUAUUUAUCAGAUGAUUUUGAGAAGAUACAAUUUAUUUCAAACGAAGAAUUAAGAAAUGAGCAACCUUCAAUUUAAAUUAGCAACCAAUGUAACGAAAGACUAAUACAGGGAGGUUCCACUAGGUAUUCAGGGUCUGAUAUUUACAGAUUCGGAUAUAACACAUCAAGACGAGUAUUUUGAUAUAUAACAUGUAGGGUUCCCGAAUAUAGCAUCAUAGUCUAACUAAUGUGUGAAGUUGUGUUACGAAAACUUCAAGAAAUGAGAAGAAAAGAAAAAGUGAAAAUCAAUGUUUAUUGAGAACUUUCAAUACAACAAAUUUUCGAAAUGUCGGCCGUUGGAACAAAUGACAUGGGCGAAGUCUGUAAUCGAAGUUCGCAAUUGUUUUCUGCAAAACAUCCUUUCCAAUUUCUUUGACCUUGGUUUCAAUUGCUGCUCUCAAGUCGUCCAAUUUUCAGAGCUAUGUGAUAUAUACAAACUACUUUCAGACGUACAAAAACAGUCGCUCGGAUUAAGAUCCGGGAGGUAAGGUGGCCACUCUAUACCAUUGGCUGUUUUCAUAAAAGAAUCCAGCCCGAUAAGUCUGUGUUGAAAAUGUUCUGCUAAGAGAUCGAAGUUUCGCUGAGUAUGGUGAGCUCUAGCACUGUCUUACGUAAACCAAUAUUGCUUAUCUUUCGUGCGUACUUUAGAUCGUCGUGCCACCGCUUAUGUUGUGGUGAUUGUUGAAUUUUUUCUUGAAUUUUUUUACCGCAACCGCUGGUGACUACAAUUCAUGAUAAGUCAGCACCAUGAAAACACGAUGCUCAAUCGAAUAUUUGCUCAUUUUAGAAUCACAACGAUUACGUAUGGUACACAAUAAUUUCUUAGAGAGUAACGCGCGACUCAUUCUCAUCAAUCCUGAAUUCUAGCCUUAUAUGCAGCUGCAAGAAUUUGCAUAUUCACUUGUAGACUCGAUUUUUCUUUCAUCGAUUGCCACAAAUUUGCAUAGUCAACCUGGGGAAGCUUCCAUGUUACGCAAUCGUCGUAUGCAUCAUAAUUUGGAAUACAGACUAUUGGAUUCGUAAUUAAUGUUCUUCUUGUAAUUAGAUUAUGACGCUAUAUUCGGAGACAUCACAUGUUGUACAUCAAAGCAUUCAUCUUGACAUAUUCGGAAUCUGUAAAUAUAAAGGCUGCAUACCUGCAUACUGCACCCUGUAGUUUAUUAUAUUCAAUUUAGAUCAGACAUGUAACAAAAGAAUAUUAGUCUUGAUAUUUUUUAAUGCUAGAUUUAAGAAAAAUACUUUCCAUCAUUCAUAUAUCUUGGAAUUUUAUUUAUAGAGCCUAAAUAAUUAAAUUGAACUAUAAAUCAAAUGAAUACUCACACAGUUUUACAAAGUUUAGCAUUAAACCUAUCGGGAACUUCAAAUGACCAUUUAUCAAUGGCAUUUUCAAUGUAUCGGUGAAAUACCGGUACGUUUAGUGUUAAUGUUUGCUGUCAAAAUGUGGUGAGUUAGAUAUUUAUUAUUCAUUCUUAAAUUAUUGCUAAUUAAUUCAUUUGAAUUAAUUAUCAUUGUCAAAAUAAUUAAAGCAGUUGUCAAUUUUGAGUUUGUCAAGAGAUGAAUCAAGGAAGAAUAAUUAGGUAUAGAAACUACAUUUUAUAAUUAUUGUUAUCACAAAAUUUAAAUCAAUCGGAUAUUAACAAAAACAUUUUACCACUUCUGAUAACUCACUUAUUAUUUAGAAGAGAUUGAUGAUUGAUAAAUUUCUUAAAGCUAAAUUAAAUCGCCUUUAAGUUAUGCAUUUUGCCUUGAUUCAUCUCUUUCUUGUGAUAUCACUUUGUACAUAUUUCCAUAAAAUGUUUUGUUUUUCAUACUGCGCAUCAUUCUGUUUAAAAAUGCAUUGCAAUUAAUUAUUGUAUUUCUUCAAAUGACCUUUCCAUACUAAAAGAAGAAAUUUGC